AUGUUGUGGCCUCCUGCGCCCGCGCAGUGUGCGCGAGGCUAUAUCAGAACCUCUCAGAAGUUCAGACUACGACAACCGUAUGCAACUCGAGCGGCCGCCAUCCUUCGACGAUACUAUGCGAGUGAUGCUGUCCAUCGCAGCCCCUCUUCUCCUCUCGACCAGAACAACACCCUCGCACGUCCGUCGCGUUCCAGAUACAAUGACAUCGGGGUACAGCAAUUAAGCGACUAUGUACAUCCGCAAAUCUUCCCCGCAGGCGCCACGCGACCACGGGCAGAUCUCGUCGAGUUGUCCAAGGACCAUUUGCGACGGCAUGAGUUGCUUGGGAAAAACCAGGACAAUGCACCGUCUAUCGGCUUGGAUACUCCGCCUAUCUUCGGAACCACGCUGGACGAGCAUUUCACCAAGUUGGGUAUGGAUGCUUCGGAACCAUAUCUGUCCUAUGGCAAAGCAUUCGUCAGGGCAAACACUCCUGAAAGACCGCGAAAAUGGGUUAUCAGAAGUGGUUGGACAAAGUACAACUCGGACAUGACGACUGAAGAGGUGGAUGCCCCGGACGAGAUGAUGUUGUCAUUCGAUGUCGAAACGAUGUGGAAAGAAACACCAUUCGCAGUCAUGGCAACCGCUGCGAGUCCCACUGCCUGGUAUGCGUGGAUAUCGCCCUAUCUUCUUGGAGAAUCAGACAACCCAAGGCAACUUAUACCUUUGGGCGAUCCAUCGAAGCCACGAAUUGUGGUGGGGCACAAUAUUGGCUAUGAUCGCGCAAGAGUCAAGGAAGAGUACGAUCUGAAGCAGUCGAAGAAUUUCUUCAUUGAUACCAUGUCAUUGCAUGUCGCAGUGAACGGCAUGUGUUCGAGACAAAGACCGACAUGGAUGAAACACAAGAAGAAUAGGGAUCUCAGGGACAAGAUGGCCGGUGACCACAACUCUCUCGAACUGCAAAGAAUGCUGGAGAACAAGACGUUGAGCGAGGAAGAGGAGGAAUUGUGGGUUGGGAGAAGUUCCAUCAAUUCUCUGAGAGACGUCGCAAAAUUCCACUGCGGCGUGACUAUCGACAAGAGCCAACGAGACUUCUUUGGUGAGCUCGAUCGAGAAGGUAUUCGCGAAAGGAUCGACGAGUUACUUGACUAUUGCGCUGCAGACGUGGCCAUAACCCACAAAGUCUUUCAGAAAGUCUUUCCAAAUUUCCUAGAGACGUGCCCUCAUCCAGUCAGCUUUGGUGCCCUGAGACAUCUCUCGUCUGUCAUCCUGCCGGUUGACGAGUCAUGGGAUCGCUAUCUGGAAAGAGCCGAGGGCACAUAUCAGCAAAGGCUGAAAGAUGUCGAGGACAGGCUCAUUCAGUUGUCGGAGGCAGCACUAGCAGUCAAAGACCAGCCAGAAGUGUACACGACUGACCCUUGGCUUAACCAGCUGGACUGGUCAGGACAGGAGAUCAAGUACAAAAAGACAAAGAAGAAGGGCGAGGCGCCAGUCCCUGUUGCCCGUCAGAAGAAGCCAGGUGCGCCUAAUUGGUACAGAGACCUGUUCACCUCUAAUACCUCUCCUCUCAAUUUGACGGUCCGAACAAGAAUCGCUCCGAUACUGCUCAAGCUCUCCUGGGAUGGAUAUCCUCUCAUCUGGUCUGAUAAACACGGCUGGACGUUUCGUGUGCCAGAAAAGGAUGUUCUCAAAUAUGAGCUUAGCAAUGUCGUGUCCUGCGACAUGUCUGAGGAGACGAACCAAACACUAAAGUCUGACAUGAAGAAUGUCUACUUCAAACUACCACACAAAGAUGGACCUACAGCUCGGUGUGUCACGCCUUUGGCGAAAGGAUACCAGCAGUAUUUUGAAGCAGGGACACUGUCUUCCCAAUUCGCACUGGCGAAAGAAGCUCUGGAAAUGAACGCAUCGUGCUCAUACUGGAUCUCGGCCAGGGACAGGAUCACCUCCCAGAUGGUCGUUAGAGAGGCAGAUCGAGAUCCUUCUCUUGGCGGCAAAACAAAUCAAGGCUUCAUCCUUCCCCAAAUCAUACCGAUGGGGACGAUCACGCGUCGUGCUGUGGAAAACACCUGGCUCACGGCUUCAAAUGCCAAAGCCAACCGUGUGGGCUCUGAGCUGAAGGCGAUGAUCAAAGCACCACCAGGAUAUUGCUUCGUUGGUGCAGAUGUUGAUAGUCAGGAGCUUUGGAUUGCCUCACUUGUCGGCGAUGCUCAAUUUCAAUUACACGGUGGCAAUGCGAUAGGCUUCAUGACUCUUGAGGGAACCAAGGCUGCAGGCACCGAUCUGCACUCGAAGACAGCAAAAAUUCUAGGGAUUUCCCGAAACGAUGCCAAGGUCUUUAACUAUGGCCGCAUCUACGGUGCCGGCCUCAAAUUCGCAGCACAGUUACUGCGUCAAUUCAACCCUCUCCUCUCCGAAAAAGAAACCAACGAGAUUGCCUCACGACUGUACAAGGAGACGAAAGGAACACGAACUCGACGGAAGGCGUUUGGGAACGGCUCCUUUUGGCGAGGCGGUACCGAGUCCUUCGUCUUCAACCGCCUCGAAGAGUUUGCCGAACAAGAACGUCCUCGCACUCCAAUCCUUGGUGCUGGUAUCACCGAAGCGCUCAUGCGCCGCUUCAUCAACCAGGGCUCCUUCAUGACUUCCCGGAUCAAUUGGGCGAUCCAAUCCUCUGGCGUCGAUUAUUUACACCUCCUGAUUAUAAGUAUGGACUAUCUCAUACGGCGCUUCAACCUUGACGCUCGUCUCGCAAUCACAGUACACGACGAGAUUCGGUAUCUCGUCAAGCAUGAAGACAGAUAUAGAGCCGCCCUGGCCCUCCAGAUCAGCAAUCUCUGGACAAGAGCCAUGUUCAGCCAACAGAUGGGCAUAGAGGACCUGCCUCAGUCGUGUGCUUUCUUUUCAGCAGUAGACAUCGACCACGUGCUCCGCAAGGAAGUCGACAUGGACUGUGUCACACCCAGCCAUCCCGAGAAGAUCCCCCACGGGGAGAGUCUCGAUAUCAACCAGCUCCUGGCGAAGGGAAGUGAAGCGUUCCUUGAUCCCGCCGUAAAACCCAAGACUGGACCCAUCGACCUAGACAAGUAUAGGUAUACGCCUCGAGCGAGCGUCAUGUCGACGCUCAACGGCACCGACGGUGUCGAUAUAGCCUAUAUCCGCGCGCAAAUCACGAGUGAUGACAAAGAAUUGAAGACUAUUGUCAAAGACGCUGAGAAGGCCGAGGCAGAUUCGACGAGCUCGGCUAAUCAAAGUGGACACGACGAGGUAAAACGCACCGGUAGUGGUACGGCCAGUGCGGUGCCAAAGACUCCAGCAAAAGCACCUCGUGGCCGUCGUCCAAAACCAAAAGUCCCUAUCCCGCCUCACGCGCAGCCUCAGAGGGCGAUGCUGAUGGAGGUCGAGGACCGGUGGAAUCUGGGGUAUACUAAGGCUUUUGGCAAUUCUGGAACUGGGACAACCAAGGCACCUUGGCUUGCUGACAAGAAGUCGAGUCCGUGGACGUACAAGUCUUCGCAGGACGGUUGGGAGGUCUGA